AUCACAGCGCGUGAGGAGCAGUUCAGCCCAGCACUUCUCACUAUCUGCACAGCAUACAGUCCUGAGCGUUCGGCGAAGGUUAGUCUGCAUGAACCAGAGCAAGCGCAGGUUUACGCAGAUUGUUUUUUUCCCAUAGUCCUCGAUGAAAACUGGAUUAUAAUUAGCCUUUCAGUGAGAAAAAAAGACACACAGACAAAGACCAUUUUCUGCGGUAAAUGAAACCAAUUACCUGGAAAGAAGACACAAUUAGUCUACCGGAAGAGGGGACGCACGAAUCACAGCUGAAGUUUAUUUCGCCGACCGCAGGCGUGCAGAUGGCUACUUUGAUUAGCGCUUACUCCUCUUGGCCGGAGAGCUUCGAGUCCUCCACGGGAGAAGGGGACCUGACGGACGGACACACCGCGCACAGACCCUCCGGGGAAAAGAGCACGGAACCUCGCAUUAGAAGACCCAUGAACGCCUUCAUGGUCUGGGCGAAGGAUGAGCGCAAACGGCUUGCGGUACAGAAUCCGGACCUUCAUAACGCGGAAUUGAGCAAAAUGUUAGGGAAGUCGUGGAAGGCGCUGUCUCCGGGGCAGAAGCGUCCGUACGUGGAGGAGGCGGAGCGGCUGAGGGUGCAGCACAUGCAGGACCACCCCAACUACAAGUACCGGCCGCGCCGCAAGAAGCAGCUGAAGCGCGUGUGCAAGCGCCUGGAGCCCGGCUUCCUGCUGGGGCCCCUGGGGCCCGACCAGAACGCCCUGCCCGGCCUGGGGCCCGAGGACGAGGGCCCCGCCCUGCCCGCCAUCCGCUCGUUCCGUGAGCCGGCGGGCCGCUUCGACUCGUACCCCUACGGCCUGCCCACGCCCCCCGAGAUGUCCCCGCUGGACGAGCCCUCCUCCUCCUCCUCCUCCUCCUACUACUCUUCCUCCUCGCCCUCCUCCUCCUCCUCCUCCACCACCUCCUCCACCUCCUGCCCCAAGCCCCAUAUGAUGGGCGGCCCGCCUCACUACCACCCCGACUUCUCCCAGAAUUCCCUGCACUGUCCCGGCCCGGCGCACAUGGUGAUGCCCCCACCCUCCUACUACCCCUCCUUCCCCCACAGCUUACCCCCCCACCUGGGGCAGCUGUCCCCCCCGCCCGAACACGGAAACCACGGCAACCACGGCGGCCACGGCGGCCACGGUAACCACGGUAACCACGGUAACCACGGAAACCUCGGCAGCCACGGUAACCACGGCAGCCACGGUAACCUGGAGACGCUGGACCAGCUGAGCCAGGUGGAGCUGCUCGGGGAGGUGGACCGGGACGAGUUCGACCAGUACCUGAACUCCAGCGCUCACCUGGACCAGGGCGCGGGCGUGGCGGUGACAGGGCACAUCCAGGUGAGCCCCGUCACCUGUCCCAUCAGCAGCGCCGCCUCCGAGACCAGCCUCAUCUCCGUGCUGGCGGACGCCACGGCCGCAUACUACAACAACUACGGCAUCUCCUAAACGCCCGAACGCCCCCUGGACCUCCCCCCUGGACCUCCCCUGCAAGUCCCCACCCCACACCCCAUCUCUGUCCCUCCUGCGACUGGCUCAUGGCGGGGAGCAGAACAAACUCGCGAAAAUAUCAGCAAUGGAGACUGCUGCCCAUACCAGGGAGGUUCGAGACGGAAACGAGAGCGAGAGAGAGCGAGAGAGAGAGAGAAGGACAAUUUGGGUUAUUGGACAGCUCAGGGAUGAACAGAUAAACACUGAAGUUUUUAUUUUUUCCUUAUUUUUUCCGCUUCUGUCUCUCGUCUCCGUAGAAAAUGAAAACAAAACAACGCACCAGUGGACUCGCUGCGGUUCUCAUUAUGUUUUGUAAACUGUUCCAUUUGGCAUGUACAGAUAUACUAUUUAUAUGCUAAUGUUGCGUAUUAUAGCGAUUGUUUCUUUCUGUUUAAAUAUGUGUGUGUACGUUCCUUUAUUUUGUGACUAAAACGGGAGUCUUACCUCAGUGGCUGGCAUACAGGGGGUCCGUCGGACACCCAGCCAUGUGUCAUGAAGAAAAUUCCUUAUUAUAUAUAUAUAUAUUUUCUUUUCACUCUUAAUAUGUAACUUACUCACAUUAGUAUCGAUGAGAAAAAUAAUAAUGAUAAUUACUUGUAUGCUGAUUUAGGUUUGUGAAGCUAAUUUAAAUAACUAUAGAGAUAAUUGAACCCUGGUGGGUGUAGCAGUGGAGAAAUGGUGGCAGACGUCAGGUCUGCGGGUGAUCGCAGUGUAAGAUGAUGUCACUUUGUAAAUGUUAUGCAAUAAGCUACAGCCACCUGCAGCUCUGUGGUAAAUAACGCGGCGCGGCAGGUGGACUUUGUGCAGACCGGAGAAGGCGAUGUAUGAUAGGGGAGCUCCUUUCUGUCUGACCCUGUUGGGUCAAAAUCAUCUGUGGAAAUAAAGGUAUUAAAUAAAACAUAUUAUUCAUAAUAUAAACUCA